GAAGCGAUAUAUAGUCGACUCUUCUUUUUUUCAUUUUCGCCGAUCCGCCAUCGACAGAGCAGCUCAUUUCUUUCUCAUCUCGCCAGUCUUGGGGAACGACCUUGUUCGUUCGGUUCCGAUCGCUCUUUGGGGUUCCGAAUCGAGGCGGACGGAGGCGUUUCCGCGGCUUAUCCGGUGCGCCAACCCUUGGAUCUGAGGCGGGCUUCGGCCGAUCGGACGCCGGCGAUCGGAUCCGCCGCGGUGAGGGCGGAUCGAGGGCGGCCAUGGCGCUGUCCGGGAUGCGAGGGCUCUCUGUGUUCAUCAGUGAUGUCAGGAAUUGCCAGAACAAGGAGCAGGAGCGGUUGCGGGUCGACAAGGAGCUCGGAAACAUCAGGACCCGGUUCAAGAACGAGAAGGGCUUGUCACCUUAUGAGAAAAAGAAAUACGUCUGGAAAAUGCUCUACAUAUAUAUGCUAGGGUAUGAUGUUGAUUUUGGACAUACGGAAGCUGUUUCUUUGAUAUCUGCUCCAAAGUAUCCAGAGAAGCAGGUUGGAUAUAUAGUGACAUCUUGCUUACUCAAUGAGAACCAUGACUUCCUAAGAAUGGUUAUAAAUACAGUACGAAAUGAUAUAGUUGGUCGAAAUGAAACUUUCCAAUGUUUGGCACUGACAAUGGUAGGAAACAUUGGUGGGAAAGAGUUUUCUGAAUCACUGGCACCCGAUGUCCAAAAGCUGCUGAUUUCAAGUAGCUGCAGACCUCUAGUCAGGAAAAAAGCUGCGCUGUGUCUUCUGCGUCUUUAUAGGAAGAACCCUGAUGUCGUUAAUGUUGAUGGCUGGUCUGAUCGAAUGUCACAGCUUCUGGAUGAACGUGACCUGGGAGUAUUGACAUCUGUCAUGAGCCUUUUUGUUGCUUUAGUCUCAAGUAACAUUGAAGCUUAUUGGAAUUGUCUUCCAAAGUGUGUUAAAAUACUGGAAAGGUUGGCUAGAAACCAAGAUGUUCCACAAGAAUAUACCUACUAUGGAAUUCCAUCUCCAUGGCUUCAGGUUAAGACAAUGAGGGCUCUUCAGUAUUUUCCAACUAUUGAAGAUCCAAAUACUAGAAGAGCUUUGUUUGAAGUUCUACAACGUAUUUUAAUGGGCACUGAUGUGGUGAAAAAUGUAAACAAGAACAAUGCAGCACAUGCCGUUCUUUUUGAAGCCUUAGCUCUUGUUAUGCAUCUUGAUGCUGAAAAGGAGAUGAUGUCUCAGUGUGUGGCUUUGCUUGGAAAGUUUAUUGCUGUUCGUGAACCAAACAUUCGCUAUCUUGGUCUUGAGAACAUGACGAGGAUGUUGUUGGUCUCAGAUGUGCAGGAUAUUAUCAAGCGGCAUCAAGCACAAAUAAUUACUUCAUUGAAAGAUCCUGAUAUCAGUAUAAGAAGACGUGCUCUUGAUCUACUUUAUGGCAUGUGUGAUGUUACAAAUGCCAAGGAUAUAGUUGAAGAAUUAUUGCAGUAUCUUAAUACCGCAGAUUUUGUUAUGCGUGAAGAACUAGCACUCAAGGCUGCAAUUCUAGCAGAGAAAUUCGCUCCAGAUCUGUCAUGGUAUGUCGAUGUCAUUCUUCAAUUGAUUGAUAAAGCAGGGGACUUUGUUAGUGAUGAUAUAUGGUAUCGUGUGGUUCAGUUUGUCACCAACAAUGAGGAUUUACAGCCAUAUGCAGCAGCUAAAGCUAGAGAAUAUCUUGAGAAGCCUGCUUUGCAUGAGACAAUGGUCAAGGUGAGUGCUUAUCUUCUUGGAGAGUACAGCCACCUUUUGGCUCGAAGACCUGGCUGUAGUCCUAAGGAAAUCUUUGCCAUUAUUAAUGAGAAGCUUCCUACAGUAGCUACAAGUACUGUUGCUAUUCUUCUUUCAACAUAUGCCAAGAUCUUGAUGCACAACCUUCCUCCUGAUCCAGAACUACAGGAACAAAUUUGGUCGAUAUUCAGAAAAUAUGAGAGCUAUAUUGAUGUUGAAAUCCAGCAAAGAGCUGUUGAAUAUUUUUCACUUAGUAGGAAGGGGGCAGCUUUGGUGGAUGUAUUAGCUGAAAUGCCCAAGUUUCCAGAACGCCAGUCUGCUUUGCUGAAAAAGGCAGAGGAUGCUGAAGUUGACACCGCAGAGCAAAGUGCAAUUAAGAUAAGAAGCCAACAACAGACAUCAAAUGCGCUGGUUGUAACCGAUCUACGUCCUGCCAAUGGAUCCCUGCCAGUCAGCCAGCUUGGCCUUGUUAGGAUGCCAAGUCAGAAUAUGGAAGCUAGUACCCAGGGUCAAGCUAGUUCUCGAGAGCAAGGAAUGACCGAUGAGAAUGGGUCCAUCAACAAAGUUGUUCCUCAAGAUGCCCCAUCUGCGGACCUCCUUGGAGAUCUUUUAGGUCCACUUGCAAUAGAGGGUCCUCAGGUCCCUACUGUUCCAGGAGAGCAAAAGGACAAAAAUCUGUUGUCAGCACUGGAGGCUACUCCUGAAGAAGCUGGUCCCUUGGCACUAGCUACUGUUGAUGAUCAGCCAAACUCAGUUCAGCCAAUUGUGAACAUUGCUGAAAGGUUCAAUGCACUGUGCCUGAAAGACAGCGGAGUACUUUAUGAGGACCCCCACAUACAGAUUGGAAUAAAAGCAGAGUGGCGAGCCCAUCAUGGGCGUCUUGUUCUUUUCUUAGGAAACAAAAACACUUCACCACUUGUGUCAGUGCGAGCUCUGAUAUUGCCCCCAACCAAUUUAAAGAUGGAACUUUCAAUGGUACCUGAAACUAUUCCUCCACGAGCACAGGUGCAAUGCCCGCUUGAGGUUGUGAAUCUUCAAGCAAGCAGAGAUCUUGCUGUUCUUGACUUCUCCUAUAAAUUUGGAACUGCAGUGGUUAAUGUCAAACUCAGGCUUCCAGUUGUGCUGAAUAAGUUUUUGCAGCCUAUUUUAGUCUCAGCUGAAGAGUUUUUCCCACAGUGGAAAUCAUUGUCAGGACCACCCUUGAAGCUUCAAGAAGUGCUUAGAGGUGUGAAACCUUUAUCUCUUCCUGAAAUGGCAAACUUGUUUACCAGUCUUCACUUGGCAGUUACCCCUGGAAUUGAUGCAAAUCCUAAUAAUCUGGUCGCAUGCACUACCUUCUAUUCAGAGAGCACCAGGGCCAUGCUUUGCUUGAUUAGAGUCGAAACGGAUCCAUCAGACAGAACCCAGCUUCGGAUAACUAUAGCAUCAGGAGAUCCGACGCUGACAUUUGAGUUAAAGGAGUGUAUCAAGGAACAUCUGGUCAGCAUUCCCAUGCAAACGCCACCUCCCGCUGUCUCACCAGUACAACCACAAUCACCAGUUACACCUGCAGCAUAUAAUGAUCCUGGUGCUAUGCUUGCUGGUCUACUCUGAGAUCAUAAGCUGUAUCGCUUGGAAUUUUUUUUUUUUUUGGCUUUUGCCCAUUUUAAAGUAGACUUCCCUGAUGAGCCCCAGCAAAUUUUUCAUAAGAAGAGAACAUCAAUGGAGGACAUUUUAGUGCAAGGGCAGGCGGGAGAAAGAUGGAACUCAUUUGUGAUCAGUAUAGCAUUGGAUAUCAAAUUCUUUGGGGCUUCUGCUUUAGUCCCGUUGUCAAGGUUUUGCCAUAUUGUGUGUAUGAUUUUUCUUUUUUAAAUCUUCUUCUUCUUCUUCUUCUUCUUCUAUGGGGUCUGAUUGUUGAAGUCUGCAAGCAAAUUUCCGUGGAGCUUUCUGACUCGGUGGUUUUCACAAAAGCCAUUGUAAAUUUCUGUUUUCUGACAUCUAUUUAAUCUCAUGUAUCAGAAACACAGUAGGGCAAAUUAUUACAGCUUAUCUUGGUUUUCUA